AUGUCUGACUUCGUAGAAAGCGAAGCGGAGGAGUCGGAGGAGGAGUACAACCAGGAUGGGGAGGUUGUGCCCAGAGUAACCAAGAAGUUUGUAGAGGAAGAGGAAGAUGAUGAGGAAGAGGAGGAGGAGAAUCUCGAUGAUCAAGAUGAGCAGGGGAACCUGAAAGGGUUCAUUAACGAUGACGAUGAUGAGGAAGAGGAAGAAGAGGAAGAAGCCAGUGACUCUGGAGACUCUGAGGACGACGUUGGCCACAAAAAGAGAAAGCGCACUUUUGAUGACCGCCUGGAAGAUGAUGAUUUUGACCUCAUUGAAGAGAACUUGGGUGUUAAAGUCAAAAGACAAAAAUUCAGGCGUGUGCGAAAAAUGUCCGAUGAUGAGGAUGACGAAGAGGAAGACUACGGAAAAGAGGAACAUGAGAAGGAAGCCAUUGCUGAAGAAAUCUUUCAGGAUGGUGAAGGCGAGGAGGGAGGGGAAGCUGUUGAAGCUCCUGUUGCUCCACCAGAAGAGGAAGAGGAGGAGGAGGAAGAUGAAUCUGACAUCGAUGAUUUUAUUGUGGAUGACGAUGGACAACCUCUGAAGAAGCCAAAAUGGCGAAAGAAGCUCCCUGGAUACACAGAUGCUGCUUUGCAGGAAGCCCAGGAAAUCUUUGGUGUGGACUUUGACUAUGAUGAGUUUGAGAAGUACAACGAGUACGAUGAGGAGAUGGAGGAGGAAUACGAGUAUGAGGAUGAAGAAGCUGAAGGGGAGACCCGUGUACGACCCAAAAAGACUGCCAAGAAGCGUGUCAGUCGACGUAGCAUCUUUGAGAUGUAUGAGCCCAGUGAGCUGGAGAGCAGUCACCUAACGGACCAGGACAAUGAGAUCCGCAUGACAGACAUGCCUGAGAGGUUCCAGUUGCGAACCAUCCCGGUGAAGAAUGCUGAAGAUGACGAGCUGGAGGAAGAAGCUGACUGGAUUUACAGGAAUGCAUUUGCAACACCCACCAUCUCCUUGCAGGAAAGUUCCGACUACCUCGAUCGCGGACAAGCCAGCAGCAGCUUCAGCCGCAAGGGGCCCAGCACCAUCCAGAAGAUUAAAGAAGCCCUGAAUUUCAUGAGAAAUCAACAUUUUGAGGUCCCAUUCAUCGCCUUCUACAGAAAGGAGUAUGUGGAGCCAGAGCUGCACAUCAAUGACCUGUGGAGGGUCUGGCAGUGGGAUGAGAAGUGGACCCAGCUGAAGAUCCGCAAGCAGAACCUGACUCGUCUGUUUGAGAAGAUGCAGGCCUAUCAGUACGAACAAAUCUCUGCUGACCCAGACAAGCCCUUGGCAGAUGGAAUAAGGGCCCUGGAUACUACUGACAUGGAGAGGCUGAAGGACGUGCAGUCCAUGGACGAGCUGAAGGACGUGUAUAAUCACUUCCUGCUGUACUAUGGACGAGACAUCCCCAAGAUGCAGAAUGCUGCCAAGGCUGCUCGAAAGAAGCAAAAGCGUAUCCGAGAGGAUGGUGAAGAGGAGGAAGGUGAAGGGGAGGAUGCAGAAGAUGAUGAGCAGAAAGGGCCUGAGCUGAAGCAGGCUUCCCGUCGGGAUAUGUACACCAUCUGUCAAACAGCUGGGCUGGAUGGCCUGGCUAAGAAGUUUGGUCUGACACCUGAGCAGUUCGGAGAGAAUCUCCGAGACAGUUACCAGCGUCACGAGACAGAGCAGUUCCCUGCAGAGCCCCUGGAGCUGGCCAAGGAUUAUGUGUGUAGUCAAUUCCCAAGCCCUGAAGCUGUGCUGGAGGGAGCCCGGUACAUGGUAGCUUUGCAGAUUGCCAGGGAGCCUUUGGUCAGACAGGUCCUGAGACAGACUUUCCAAGAAAGAGCUAAAAUCAACAUUUCACCAACCAAAAAGGGGAAGAAGGAUAUUGAUGAGGCCCACUACGCCUAUUCCUUUAAAUACUUGAAAAACAAGCCUGUGAAGGAGCUGCGAGAUGACCAGUUCCUGAAAAUGAGCCUGGCAGAGGACGAGGCACUGCUCACUAUAGAUAUCAGCAUCGACAUGAAAGGAGUGGAGGGUUAUGGCAGUGACCAGACGUACUUUGAGGAAAUCAAACAGUUCUAUUAUCGGGAUGAGUUCAGCCACCAGGUGCAGGAGUGGAAUCGGCAGCGUACGAUGGCCAUUGAGCGGUCCCUCAACCAGUUCCUCUAUGUGCAGAUGGCUAAAGAGUUGAAGAACAAGCUGUUGGUGGAGGCCAAGGAGUAUGUCCUCAAGUCUUGCAGCCGGAAGCUGUACAACUGGCUAAAGGUAGCUUCGUACCGUCCUGAUCAGCAAGUGGAGGAAGAUGAUGAUUUCAUGGAUGAAAACCAAGGGAAGGGGAUUCGGGUGCUAGGCAUUGCAUUUUCCUCAGCCAGGGACCAUCCCGUGUUUUGUGCCCUUGUUAAUGGAGAGGGUGAGGUUACAGACUUCCUCCGGUUGCCGCAUUUCACAAAGAGAAGGAAUGCCUGGCGUGAGGAAGAGAGGGAAAAGAAGGCCCAGGAUAUCGAAACCUUGAAAAAAUUCCUCCUGAACAAGAAGCCUCAUGUGGUGACAAUUGCAGGGGAGAACAGGGAUGCUCAGAUGCUGAUGGAGGAUGUAAAGAGAAUUGUUCAUGAGCUGGAUCAAGGGCAGCAGCUGUCCUCUAUUGGAGUGGAGCUGGUGGACAAUGAACUGGCCAUCCUCUACAUGAACAGCAAGAAGUCUGAGAACGAGUUCCGGGAUUACCCGCCUCUGCUGCGUCAAGCCGUCUCCCUCGCUCGCCGCAUUCAGGACCCCCUCAUAGAGUUUGCCCAGGUCUGCAGCUCCGAUGAGGAUAUUCUCUGCCUAAAACUCCACCCUCUGCAGGAGCACGUGGUGAAGGAGGAACUGCUGAAUGCCCUCUACUGCGAAUUCAUAAACCGUGUGAACGAGGUGGGGGUGGAUGUCAAUCGGGCGAUUGCUCACCCUCACAGCCAGGCUUUGCUGCAGUACGUGUGUGGCCUGGGACCACGCAAAGGCACUCAUCUGCUAAAGAUCCUAAAACAAAACAACACACGUCUGGAGAACAGGACCCAGCUGGUUACGAUGUGUCACAUGGGACCCAAGGUGUUUAUCAACUGUGCUGGCUUCAUCAAAAUUGACACAGCCUCGCUGGGCGAUAGUACUGAUUCCUACAUCGAAGUCUUAGAUGGUUCUAGGGUCCAUCCUGAAACCUAUGAAUGGGCAAGAAAAAUGGCAGUGGAUGCCUUAGAAUACGAUGAGUCGGCGGAGGACGCUAAUCCUGCAGGAGCUCUAGAGGAGAUCUUGGAAAACCCCGAGCGUCUGAAAGACCUGGAUCUUGAUGCCUUUGCUGAAGAACUGGAAAGACAGGGCUAUGGUGACAAGCAUAUCACUUUAUAUGACAUUCGAGCUGAACUAAGCUGCAGGUACAAGGACCUGAGAACCCCAUACCGUUCUCCAAACACAGAAGAGGUCUUCAAUAUGCUGACCAAAGAAACUCCAGAGACUUUUUAUAUAGGUAAAAUGAUCAUCUGCAAUGUGACCGGGAUAGCCCACAGGCGACCACAAGGAGAAAGCUAUGACCAGGCGAUACGAAACGACGAAACUGGCCUUUGGCAGUGUCCUUUCUGUCAGCAGGAUAACUUUCCAGAGCUCAGCGAGGUUUGGAACCACUUUGACAGCGGUUCCUGCCCAGGUCAGGCCAUUGGAGUGAAGACACGUCUGGAUAACGGCGUCGCUGGCUUCAUCCCAACAAAAUUUCUUAGUGAUAAGGUGGUCAAGCGGCCAGAAGAAAGGGUGAAGGUGGGAAUGACUGUUCACUGCAGGAUUAUGAAGAUCGACAUUGAGAAGUUCAGUGCAGACCUGACCUGCAGGACCUCAGACCUGAUGGAUAAGAACAACGAGUGGAAACUGCCUAAAGACACCUACUACGACUUCGACUCUGAGGCAGCAGAUCACAAACAGGAAGAAGACCUGAAAAGAAAGCAGCAGCGGACAACCUACAUCAAGAGAGUAAUUGCUCACCCAUCAUUCCACAACAUUAGCUUCAAGCAAGCUGAGAAGAUGAUGGAGACCAUGGACCAAGGGGAUGUGAUUAUUCGGCCAAGUAGCAAAGGGGAGAACCACCUGACUGUCACCUGGAAGGUGAACGAUGGGAUUUACCAGCACGUGGAUGUCCGAGAAGAGGGCAAGGAGAACGCCUUCAGCCUGGGCUCCACGCUUUGGAUUAACACAGAGGAGUUUGAAGACCUGGAUGAAAUUGUUGCUCGCUAUGUCCAGCCAAUGGCUUCUUUUGCCAGAGACCUGUUGAAUCACAAAUACUAUCAGGACUGCAAUGGUGGAGACAAGAAGAAGCUGGAAGAACUGCUGAUAAAGACCAAGAAAGAGAAGCCAACGUUUAUUCCCUACUUUAUCAGUGCCUGUAAAGAUCUACCUGGCAAAUUCCUCUUGGGAUAUCAGCCUCGAGGCAAACCAAGGAUAGAGUAUGUGACAGUGACGCCAGAAGGAUUCCGCUACCGGGGCCAGGUCUUCCCUACCGAAUGGUUUAAGGAUCAUUAUCAAGACCCUGUUCCAGGUAUUACCCCCAGCAGUAGCAGUCGGACCAGGACUCCAGCCUCCAUUAAUGCUACUCCAGCUAACAUUAACCUGGCAGACCUGACUCGUGCAGUGAACGCUCUGCCACAGAACAUGACCUCCCAGAUGUUCAGUGCCAUCGCUGCCGUGACAGGCCAGGGACAGAACCCAAAUGCCACCCCUGCGCAGUGGGCGUCCAGUCAGUACGGCUACGGAGGCAGCGGAGGUGGCAGCAGCGCAUACCACGUCUUCACAACUCCAGCACAGCAGCCAGUGGCCACCCCUCUGAUGACCCCCAGCUACUCCUACACUACCCCCAGCCAGCCGAUUACAACACCCCAGUACCAGCUCCAGGCCAACACCACACCCCAGUCCACCCAGUCCCAGACACAGUCGCAGCCAUCGUCCAGCUCCGCAGCCAAAGUGAGUGGCUCCAGCGCCGGGACCAACAGUCACGCUGCAAUCGACUGGGGGAAGAUGGCGGAGCAGUGGCUCCAGGAGAAGGAGGCCGAACGGAGGAAACAGAAGCAGAGGUUGACUCCUCGCCCAUCUCCCAGCCCCAUGAUCGAGAGCACACCGAUGUCCAUCGCUGGGGACGCCACGCCACUGCUGGAUGAGAUGGAUCGAUAG